GCUUCCCAGCUGGGAGGUUGUGGCGGGCCGGCUCUGGCUUACCUCUAGUGCUCCUGUUGGGUUUAGGGGCCUGUGAAGAGCCGAGGGGGAGGUGAGGUGUGUUUGGAGUCUGUAGGCUCUGUGAUGAAGAAGACUUUUGGCUUCAGGAGUAAGAAGGGCAGCUCGCCCUUCGGCUCCUCCAUCAGCCCGGGGAGAGACGGCAGUCAUAGAAUCAACUUCCAGCCCGGGUACCGCAUCCGAGACAAGGACCUCGGAAAGAUCCACAGAGCUGCCAGCGUAGGCAACGUAGCUAAAGUGCAGCAGGUCCUGUUGCUCGGGAAGAGUGGCCUGAAUGACAAGGACAAGAUGAACAGGACUGCGCUCCACUUGGCCUGUGCCAAUGGCCAUCCAGCGGUGGUGGCUCUCCUCCUGGAGAGAAAAUGCCGGCUUAACCUCUGUGACAGUGAAAACAAGACCGCGCUGAUGAAGGCCGUAGAAUGCCAAGAGGAGGAGUGCGCGACUCUCCUGCUGGAGCACGGCGCCGACCCGAACCUCACGGGUGCCAAUGGCAACACCGCGCUCCACCACGCUGUCUUUUGCCAGAAUAUAUCACUCGCAGCAAAGCUGCUUUCCUAUGACGCCAAUAUAGAAGCCAGGAACGAGGAUGACCUCACACCACUAUUAUUGGCCAUAAGUGAAAGGAAACAGCAAAUGGUGGAAUUUUUAGUAAAGAAAGAAGCAAAUGUACACGCGGUUGAUAAGAUGAAAAGAACCGCCCUCAUCCUUGCUGUCAGUUACGAGUCUAUGAGUGUCGUCAGCCUUCUCCUGCAGCGAGGUGCUGACGUCUUUUCUCAAGAUGUCUUUGGACGGACUGCAGAAGAAUAUGCUGCUCUGAGUGGUUUUAAUAUCAUUUGCCAACUGAUCUCUGAAUAUAAAGAAAAGAGGCCGAAAACUCCUCCCGAAAAGAGCAACCCAGGAGAACACACAGAGAAGAGAAGCUACUGUUUGUUGAGCGUCCUGCUCUGGGUCAGAGACUGCAUCAUGUGCGUAACAUCUGUGACCUCAUGGAGUCACCAGAGCAGCGUCGUAAACCACUGUGUCCUGCUUUGCUUAAUUAGGCAACUGUGGUUCGGGAGGUUGAUGAAUUGACCCAUGAUUCCAUGGUUAAAAUGAGUUGACCUGUGAUUUGACAGCUGGCCUGCCUGACUCCAGCAUCCACUCUCGUGUCCCUCAGCAGAAAUUGAGAA